GGCAAAACAACACUGAUCUAUUGUGCUGCUGGAAUAAGUCGUUCUCCAUCGUUAUGUAUUAUGUGUUUAGUAAUUAACGAAAAAUUAAGCUUAAGACAAGCUUACUAUGAAGUUUCAAAUCGAAGGCCAGUAAUAGCACCAAAUACUGCUUUCUGGAGACAGAUGAUUGCUUAUGAAUGUAAGGAAAGAGGAAAAAGCACAGUGCAGUUGCUAAGAGGUAUGGUUCGACCUAUACCAGAUGUAUACGUCAAGAAACAAUGUAAUUAA